GAUGUGUGUCUUUGUUUUGAAGCAGGAAAUAGAUUUUCAGUAAUUUGAAACAUAUCAACAAUUUGCAUUUUUGGUUUAUGACUGGAUCUUACUGAGAAGAGCAUUGUUUGUGGCAGAUACCUUAGAUGUGGGCAAUGACUUGAGUUGGUGUAAUCAGAGCCAUACUUUUACUUUCCUUCACACAUUAAAUUACAUCCCGGAUGUCCUGUGAGAGGAGAUAACCCUCUGGAUGCCACAUCUGUCCUGCAGAUGUGGUAUUUGUCCACAUUGGAGUUGGCUUCCAGUAUUUUCAGCAAAGAGUCCUGGAUCGGCUAUUCCAAAUGUGCAAAUUGUAUAAUUUGUUGAAAGAAAAAUGAUGUACUUGUUUUGAUUUUUAAGGGAGAAAAAUGUCUUAGUUUGUAUGUGGUGCACAUUAGUGGCCUCAUUAUAAGUCUGCUGCAUAUUUUUAUAGUGUCAUUCUGAAGCUGACUUAUUUUUCAGAAGAGUUGGUAUAAUGUCCAGCCCCCCCCCCCUUUAAUGAAGAAAGCAAACACAUCACCUAAAGUCCGUUAAGUUUGGUAAGGCUCAGGCUAAUAAUCAAUACUGAUAGAGACAAGUUUAAGUGUUGGGCGCUGCUUGCUCGGCCAUCUCAAUUUGAAAACUUUCCUCCACGGGUUUCCUACUCUUGGCUGGUCCCUCUUGUUUGAGACCAAUUAAUGAGGCGGCUAAACUCAUUAAUUGGCCGCUUAAUUGGCCCCUGUAGCUGCGCGCGCUGCUUCCGCUGGCUUUUAGCGCACCGCCAUCCCUCCCUCCCGCUGCCAAGCAUCACAAUCCCACCUUGUCACAACGAUUUAGGGUCAAUCCCUCAGACGGGAAGGUGCUCUCGCCGUGGACCCCCCCGCCACCUCUGGAUCCCCCUCUAUCAGUAUCUCCCUCCCACUCUAUCUCGGUGUUUUAUGUCUGCGUCACAACAAGUCGGUCGAGAGCGAGAGGCAGGGAUGAUGGCGUCUCUGGCGGCUUGAUUCCGGUGCUACUCAGACAAACCCGCCUUAAUAGCAUCAAUAGGUGGUGGCGGAGGGGGAGAUAGGAAGGCAAAAGCGACGGGGACAUGACGAAACGGCAUCGCGGAGGACGGACAAACUAGGCUGAGAGACGGACAGUCGCCUUUCCCCCCUCCUCCCCCCCCUCGCUGACGGCUUGACUGACACACAUAGCCGCUUGGCACAGACAGGGACAUACAUGCACAUCAUCCACUUUUUGCAAGCACGCAGGCUGCGCAUCCGAGCGGGCAGUAAUUGGGCAGCGGAGAUCCACAGCAGAUGAGGGCAUUUCAUGUCCAGCCUGCCCAGGAAUCACUGUGACCCCGACGGAAAGGAGUUCGACUUGACAGGAUGGGGGGAGUAAGUGAAGGAGAUGAUGUGUUGGCUCGAUGGAGUGAUGGACUACUGUACCUCGGCAAUGUGAAAAGAGUAGAUGGAGUCAAGCAAUGUUGUCUGGUGAGAUUUGAGGACAACUCGGAGUUCUGGGUACUGAGAAAGGACAUUCACUCAUUCGCUGCUGGAGUGGAAGAAGUUUGCUGUAUUUGUGAUGCUCCGCCUCUUAAAGAACCCCUCAUAAAUUGUCUUAAAUGUCGCCACGGUUAUCAUCCAGAGUGCCACACGCCAACCAUCGAACCGGAAGCUGACAGCGAUUCGUGGAUAUGUCGGCAAUGUGUCUUUGCAGUCUCAACCAAGAGAGGCGGGGCCCUCAAACGGGGACGCUUCGCCCGGCUCAUGCAAUUUAUGAAACUCCGGCUCCCCUACCAGCUGUCGUCUUUAGACUGGGACCCGCAGCAUCUGACCAAUCAGCAACAGUGUUACUGCUACUGUGCCGGACCUGGAGAGUGGAACCUGAAGAUGUUACAGUGUGGAAGCUGUGGUCAGUGGUUCCACGAGGCCUGCACACAGUGUCUAGCCAAGCCAUUACUGUAUGGAGACAGGUUUUAUCAGUUCCAGUGCUCAGUAUGUACAAAGGGACCAGAGACCAUCCAAAGACUACCCAUGACCUGGGUGGAUUUGGCUCAUUUAGUGCUCUACCAUCUCUCACUGUGCUGCAAGAGGAAAUACUUUGAUUUUGACCAUGAAAUCCUGUCCUUCACCAAUGAGAAUUGGGAGUCGUUGCUGCUAGGCGCGCUCUCUGACACGCCAAGGCAAGACCGCUGUCACAAUCUCCUCAACGCUCUGAACUCCCACAAAGACAGGUUUGUCUCCGGAAAGGAGAUCAAGAAGAAGAAGUGUCUUUUUGGGCUACAGGUCCGAGCCCCACCUCCGCUGACAUCUGAUUCGUCGCCCCUCAUCACCGACCCACCUAUCAAUAUCACGCACCGGAGAAGGUCAGACCCGUUGUCACUACCCUGCCAGAGGAGAGUGGGGGGGCCAGAGUCACGUAAAUCAAAGCGUCGCAUCAUGGAGACACAGGCUUGUCCACCCCCAGUUGCCGCCAACCCCGUACUGCCAUGUUGCCAUGGCUACAUGGGAGGGGCCAGCCUUUACAACUCCAGGAAGUCAGAGGAGGAGCUUAGUUUGAGCUCUCCUCCCAAGCGGAUGUAUGCCCUGUACCACACCACGUACAAUGGAAAUACUGCACUCUCCAGGAGUCUCCAUCACUACAACAGCGUGGAGGACACCUGCAGAGUACCACCACCUUGCUUCCCAUACCCCCUCAACUCCAAUGGCAGCAAUCACCACCACCACCUCCACCAGCACCAUCACAGCCACCAACAUAACCACCAACACAACCACCAACACAACCACCAACACAACCACCAACACCAGCCGGGGCAGAAGCAGCUGGAGCCCCUCAUCCUACGUGAUCUGCCCCCUUACCAGGUCGGCAUGGGCGGAGGAGGUGGCGUAGGUGGAGGAGGCGGAGGGGGAGGAGGUGGCGGUGGAGGAGGGGGGGUGGUAGUCGGCGGGGGACGGGACAGUGGCCAGGAGCUGGGGAGGAGGGGAGGCAGUGAGGAUCUUGGCGAGACGCGUCACACCAGACGGGAAGGUGCAGUAUCUUGUGGAGUGGGAAAACGUGAGUUUGUACUGACAUGAAGAGGGUAAACACGAGACGCAAUGACUGUUUUGCAGUUGCCACAGGAAUACUGUGUAUGUAAUAUGUGGCAGUGUUUAAAGUACAAACAAAACAAAAAGAAAAAAAAAAUCCCUACACGUUGCAAAUCCAGGUUGCUCUCAUAGUAUCACCUCUAUUCUACAUCAUUAUAGCUCACUACUCGUUACUAAAUGUCCCUCUUUGCUAGUGUUUCUCUGAUAUUUGUACUGUUAACUUUGGAAUAUGCCUUUGCAUUUAUCAUGUUUUAUAGUGAUGAGAGAAGAUAUUUAAACCUCCUGAUGAUUUGUAGAUCUUUGGGCCACAUCAAGAAGAAGAUGUCUUUAAUUGUACUCAUAUCUUGUUAUACAGCACUGUAGAUAAGCAACAGUAUAGUACAAGAAAUUAAGAAAAGAAAGAUUACUGCUUUUUCAUUGCUCAAGUAAUGAAUAUACUUUGAUAUGUAAUUUCAUUUUGCAUAAAUCAAACAGGAAACUUCCGCUAACAUGUUGCUAAUUUAAAGGAAUAGUUUGACAUUUGGGAAACCCGCUUAUUCACUUUCCUGCCAAGAGUUAGAUUAGAUGAUUGAUACCUCUCUCAUGUCUGUACGGUAAAUAUGAAGAUAGAUCCAAGAGAUGGUCAGCUUAGCAUAAAGACUGGAAGCAGGGGGAAACAGCUAGUCUGGCCCUGUCCAAAGGUUAAAAAAAUCUGCCUUCCAGCACCUCUAAAGCUCACUAACUAACGGUGGUUUGUGUCUUUAUGCUAAGCUAAGCUAAUGGUCUCCUGGAUGUAUCUUCAUAUUUAACAGACACACAUGAAAGUGGUAUCGAUCUUAUCCAACUCUUUGCAAGAAAGCGAAUGAGUGUAUUUCCCAAAAUGUGGAACCAUUUCUUUAAAAAAACAACAUAAGUCAAGAAUAAUUUAGUAUUAUUACUAUUAUCUUCUAUAACAAUGUGGCUUGUAGCACAAAAGACAUUUGAAUGACAUGAAUUGUGUAACACAAGGUACCCAGUGCGCAUUCAUGUGAUGAUUUGUAGACCAAAAGAUUGAUCAAGGUUAAAAACUAGCUACAUUUUGUGAAAAAGUGAACGUUUCUUAGAUGCUUUUCCAGCAUUUCAAUUACUAUAUUUUAAUGUGUAGUUAGACCCUACUUUGCAUUGAAUUAUAAUAAUUUAAAUGCUGUUGAAACAAUGAUUAUCUGUAGCCUGGGUGUCAAAAAUCAUUCACUUUUCAAACCAGAUUUAGCCCAAUUAUUGUCUAGACAUCUAUACAUCUAAAUGACCUGACUCAAAUCACCAAAUCAGUGCAUAGUGGGUAAAUAAAGAGAACAUUUUAAAUUUAACUCAUUUGUUUUAUUUAUAGAUAACAAAAUGAUUUAUAAUAUUUUAAAAGUAACUUUUCCCAGCAUUUGAUAUGGAUGUCCAAGGGAUGAGCAACCUAAACAGCCAGUAGCCAACGCCACCAGCCUUCACUUUUAUAAUUGCUCAUUCAUCAACUGAUGGUUAAUGUUCACAUGGAGUUCAGUGAGAAAAUUAGCCCAGAAAUUAACAGUGAUGAACGCUCCAUCAUCAGCGAGAGGCAUGAUGACAGCUGGGUGGUGGCUACUGGCUGCUCAUGAAAAAGCAGUAACCUUUUAUUGGCCAGGAAGAGCCGGAGUAGUACAGAUAGUGAUGUACAUUGUUUUUGGCCACACAAAUGGUAGUUUAAUGCCUUGCUUAGGGGCACUUUUACAGUAGCGGUUGAGAGAUUCCACCUAGUUUCUCCCUGCCCUUUCAUCUGCUCAGACGCCAGCUUGUCUGACUUUGGUUUCCUAAACAACAAAAUCUCUGGAGGUUUUCAUAUAUUUUCUCAUUGCAGUAUGUUAAUAAGAGAUUGUAUACAUGUUAUUACGGGGUUACUAAUUUGUUAUGUUAGAUUUUGUCAUAAUUUACAUUUAGACUACUAUAUGUAUUAGAAAUAGGAGCCACAAGAGGGCUUUUGUUUUAUAGAUAGAAUUAUAUAUUCACAAUAUAUUGCUAUGACUGAAUAACUUUUUUUGUUAAUUUUUUGACGUGGUUGCAUAGUGCCUAUAUGGGUUGUGUACCUGCCGAUUGAUCUGCUGACCUGAGUCGACCAAUCAGACGACAGAUAGAUGAACGAGACCAUAUUGCUACUAAAUAAGAGGAUGGCUCUCUGUGGGCACAUGGAUAAGCAAGGACCAGUUAUAAUGUUGAGUGGAGUUUUUUGUAUAAGAACAGAACUGUGAUGUUACUGUACAUUCCAAACAAACAACAAAAAAGAAAUAUAUAUGUUAUUGAAAUGUCUGUUUGAAGUCACCAGAAUGGAAAUUAUUUGGAAAGAAUGCGUUUUUUGUUUUGUUUUUGCUGAGUGUUAAAUGUAAUAAAGAUCAGCUGAAGGUCCAGCCACUCUAGAGCUGUUUCGUAGGGAGUUCAGUCCCUGCGUUCAAACUAACACGUACAGGUAAAGAAGACAAUGACAGGCCUGACUCCUAACUCAUACCCAUAGUAUCUUCCAGGGUCUAACAGUCUAUAAUUUAAAAGGUACAGCAUGGCAUUAAGUACGAAUUCAUAAGUCAAGGCCUGACUGAUCGUCUCCCUUCUUCUCAGAUGUGUUUAUAGAGGCAAGUGAGGUGCUGAAGUUGGAUUUUAUCUUCGUGCAAACAGGUUACAUAAAUCUAGAAUACUGUGGUGCAAGUUUCAGAGUUUAUAUUUUAUACAGAGGUUUAUUUCAGCAAUCUGUUACGAUAAAACGUACACAAGGUAUACAUUUAUUAGUUUUAUCUUUGAAAAAAGACUGUAUUACAGGUUUAGUUGCAAAAAACAUAAGACAAAUACAACAUUUAUACUGUAAUAAUCAAACCAAUGCAAAACUCUCAGAUUUUAUUUAAAUACUGACCUCUCUGUUGAAUUAUCUCCUUGCAUACAUUUCAGGCCAGUGAAAUGAUGUUACAUUGCAAUUUCCAUCCUCCUCAGUGACUAUUUGACUGUAGUUUAUUAGGAAGGGGUGUGUUGAACCUUUCUAGGCGAUGGUGAUGAAUGUAUUUGUGUGUUUUCUAUGGUAUGUCUAUACCCGUCAAGUGCUUGUUAUAGGUUGUACUCUAUAGGUGGAACUCAACCAGAUUAGUUUAAAACAAAGUAGGAGGAAAUAAGACAUCAACAUUGAGGAACAUAAUUUAUUUUGGGAGAGGUAGUCAUCUUUUUCUGAUUAGUAGUCAAGUCCAAGUUCAGUUUGAUGUAUUUUUGGAGAAAUUACGUUUGUACAUGUAUACUCUGCGUUGACACCUAAUAUGUAACAUGAAUAAUAAAAAAAAAGUUUCACCUCCUA